CGAGAGAGCAGAGCCAGAGCCAGAGCAGAGCAGAGCAGAGCAGAGGAGAGGAGGAACGAACAACCAACACACACGACCGACAGAGAGAAAGAGAGCGAGAGAGAGAGGGAGUAAAAGAGAGAGAGAGAGAGCGACAGCGAGGUUGACGGCAAGGAAGAAAGGAAUGUAUGGAGAGAGACAAGCUUAGAGGAAGGAGGAGGAGGAACCGCGAGGAAUUGCUACAAAAAGGACGCCGGGGAAGUACUUAGACCGGAGAACGACACUGAGAGGGAGACAGAGAGAGAGAGAGAGAAUUCAAACAAGACUGUGAGAACGACUGCAAGCUGAAGAGACAGCGGAGGGGGGAGAGAUUAACAAAAAGGACAUAAGAGCCGAAACGAGGGAUAAAGACAAGAGAAAAGAAGAAGAGAGCGGAGAUUGGACUGCUUGGUUUUUUUUCUCCAGAGGCUGCUUCUUUUGCAGCCCAAACGCUGCGCUUGUGGAUGUAAAGUUCCUCAGCUGUCCACUUGGCUGCCUUACACACACACAGAGUGUGAGGGAGCGAGUGUUUACACACACACACGUGUGUGUUUUUUUCACACUUUGCGUGUGUGUGUGUGUGUGAAAUAGUUUUGGUGUAUGUGUUUGUGUGUGUCAGAGUCGGAGUUGUGCCACUCACUUUUUUAAAGGAUUACUGUAUCAUGUGUGACUUCUGACAAGCAAGGACCUCCACCACCAUGCAUCCAAGCACACUCGAGAGAAGCUGGCUGUGGCCUGUCUGCAGAGGGAAAUCGAGCGCAGCAAAAGUGACGGAACAAUGCGUGAGAAACUGAUUCACCAGCUGGAGGAGGAGCGGAGGCUGCGAUUGGACAGUGAGCGGCGUCUUCGUGAGGUCACUGAGGAGUCGCAGCUGGGGCGCACGCAGAUGACAUCACUUCAGCAACACUUCUCCAGGAUGGAGGACACGGUGCGUACGCUGUUGCAGACCCAAGGGGUGCUGGACUCCACGGCAGUGGACACUGUAGACAUCAUGAAGGUCUAUAAGUUGUACAUGGGAGAGUUCUGUAAGGUGGUGUCAGUGCAGAUGUGUGUAGUUGUACGUUUGUUUUUUCUUUUUGUCUUAUUUUAUUUUAAUUUUUUUAACUCUUUUCCUCACUCCUCCCCUCAGGACAAGCUCUCUAAGGAGGCGGAGAUUCUGCAGCGACAGAACGAGAGCUCCGAGGAGAAGGCGGGGGCCGAGAGCAGCAACCAAUCAGAGGCUGCGAGAGAGGAUGAGGGGGAGGGGUCUAAGGAGGAAGCUAAAGAUGAGGAGGCGGGCGACGACGAGACUCGCUGUCUUCUGGAGAGACUCAAGGCACUCGAGGAGGAAAACUCGGCCUUGGCCAUGGAGAACGAGAGCCAAAGAGAAACGUAUGAACGCUGUCUGGACGAGGUUGCCAACCAGGUGGUACAGGCUCUUCUGACUCAGAAGGACCUGCGUGAGGAGUGUGUGAAGCUGCGUACGCGUGUGUUCGACCUGGAACAGCAGAACCGCUCACUCAGCGUCCUCUUCCAGCAGAAACUCAGGCCCGCCUCCGACCUACUACUACAGAAGCUGUACUCUCGGCUGAUGGACCUCUCCGGAGGGGAGUUGCUACUGGACCCAGAGAGGACCAAACAUCUGCUGCUGUCCAGAAACACAGACUCACCGCCGCAUGAGUUGACUGGCAAGGGUUUCCUGUUGGCUAAGUGUGCUAGCCAGCUGAGCCUGACUGCGCUACACCACCCGUACCCUCACGGCCACCCCCACCCCCACGCGCACGGCUACGGCCGCAGCAGCCGCAGCAGCAGCGAGCUUUCCCUCUCCAGCGCCUGCAGCGACUUCUCCAGCGGCUCCUACACCUGGAACGACGGACGCUCCUCUGCCAAAAUGUCCUCGUUGACAUGGGAGAAGAGGUCCGGCCUGGGUUCCUCCAUGCCGGGCAACAUCUGCUCCCCUCUGGAGGACCAGUUCCCGGCACGCCCCAAGGAGUGCCACAUUCUGGAGGGUCUGCGGAGGCUGCAGCGGCGACACCGGACCAAGGACUCCGCGUCUUACCGACGCAGGACCAAGUCUGGCCUCAAGGACUGCAUGAACUCCAACGAGGGCAUCUACUCCUUGGGAAUGAAGGGCGGUGCCGCUGCCGCUGCCGGUGCCAGUGGUCUGGCGGCAUCUAAGUCCGGCCCAAAUGCUAGUGGUGGCAGUGCUGCUGGUGGUAUUAGUGGAGCGACUUCGGCUGCAUUGGCUGCCGCAGCGAAGAGGUUUAUCUACGACUCGGACGAUGCAGAUGACGAGUCUGCGAAUGUCUCCGGCGUUCGGCAUCGCCACAGCAUCCCCAGUCAGGACAGCACCUGGCUCUGCUCGAAGAAGCUGUCCCACAGCCUCUCUGACAGCUUAUGCAGCUGGGAUGGCACCCAGGAGAGCUGCAGCAGCGUCAGUGUCGGUGUCAGUGUUGGUGUCGGCACCAUGCAGGACAUCCCAUCGAGCGAGCCCCCACCUCCGUACUGUUCCCAGGAGCGGCCUGAGAAGCUGUUAAGCUUUAUCAAUGGCUACCUGUUUGGCGGUAAAAAAAGGUGCUCCGCCCCUACGCCCACCACUCAAAUGCACUACGAGCAGCUCCUCUCAGGUGACAUCAUGGAUGGUCCCUUGCACCUGUCCGAAUCCGACGACACGGAGUGUGACUCCCUUCCUCAGGUGAAGAGCCUCUCGGAGAAAGGUGUUCUAGCAUCAUCGUCGUCGGCAGCGCCAAUGGUAACGACAAAGGUUUCCCGGGGAACGGAGAUUCCAGAGAAGGAUGCGAGGCGGUUCUCAAGGGACUCGGACCAGAUGCACCGGGUCAGACGGGAGCAGGUCAGGGCACAGUCGGCCGAUAGCCGGCCGAGGCCGCUGAGCCUCGUCAAGGACCAGAAGGCGGUCCAGUCGGAGGAGAGCAUCACCACCAUCUUCGAUGCAGAGGGGAAGCCAAUCAAGCUUCGAGAGUCACGGAAACCAAGUGCGGGAUCCAGUGCCACCAGGUCGAACGAGGUACCCACAAAAAUGGGACCUCCCGACUAUGCCGAACUCGUUGCACACGAUCGACCUAGUCAGCUGCGGGGACCCAGUGGCAGGACCUACAAUGUCCUAGAGUCUCCAGAGAAGCCUGGGGGGGAGACCCGUAUCCGAGCCCAUUCAGAAGGCAGGACAAGCACUAGUAGGGCGGACAGUGCUGAAAGGCUCCAGGGACAGGCUCCAGGGCACCUGCAACACAAGCUCAUUAAGCCCGCUUACAAUCGCUCCAGCAAGGGCCAGUCAGUAGUACCUCCCACGGUUGCCAACACCGCAAGCCCCAAGGCACCGGCACCGGGCGGCUCCAAGAUCCCUGCGACUCGUGGCAAGGCCUCCCCACUCAAGGUGACCUUGGGUCCGGGUGUGGAAUCGGGAUCGGCAGGAUCCCAGGACAAUUCAUCACCUUCCUCGCCUCCUGUGAAGCUCUCCAGGUUCUUGAAGGCGCCCGGUCAGAGCGGCCAGAGUCCCAAAACGGCUGCUCCGUCGGCUGCUGCCGGCUCUAAGCUCCCGGGCUCCAAGGGUGAGUGGGGAAGGAGUGUCUCCAGUUCCCCGCUCUUGAACCGCAGGCACCUCAGCAACCACGUGGACUGUGGCGAGCAGCCCACGAGAGACAGGCACUUUGAAAAAGCGAAAAGCGAACUCAGGUCUCCCUCACCCCCUCCUCCGCCAGGCCGCACCACCUCCCUGCUCAUUCGACCGAACUACGAGGUCGCACCUCAGGCAGCGAAAUCAGGAGGGGCGUCCAACCCUACGUCCGCACCCUGCAACACUGCGAGAGGCCCCCCGCCCAGCUACCAGCCUCCUUCGAUCCCCAAUAUGCAGCACUCGUGCCCCCAGAAAGAUGUCGAUGCCCUGGAGGUGGAUGCUGGGUAUGGUACAGUGAACCCCCAGAAGCUGGCGGACGGGAGCUCCCAUCAUUCACAAAAGUCUUCCUCGUCAUCUUCUUCCAAUCAGGCGUCAACGAAAGGGUUGCAGAAACGGGUCCACACCAAACUCUACCUCUCCAAUUCUUCUCCGGGCCACAUGCCUGACCAUCAGUCAGAGUCUGCAUCUCGAACACCUCAGAAGAGCGGUGCUGCUGUCCCAUCUUCGAAAACCCCUCAAAAAGCAGCACCGCCAUCACAGCAGAGUACAAUCCAGACCAAGAAGGCCCCUGUGACCCAGUGCCCAGUGUCAUGCCUGCAGGACUGUGCAGAACCCAAGUCAGCUCAAAUCGCAUCUGCCGAGCAAGCUGCAAAGACGCGCAUCCCCAUGGGCUUCAAGGCCUUCAUGAAGUCUCCAGCAGCCCUGAAGAAGAGCUCCACCAUUCCAGGGAAGCAGGAGAAGGACCACAUCAAUACUGUUUCCAAGGAAACCGCCUCCUCUGACGGUCUGAGGGAGCAAAGCGAGAAGGCAGCACCACCGCCAUACCAUUUGCACCUGCCGCCUGUCAGGGGAACAGUCGAGCCCAAAGCACUUCCUCCUCCUCCUCCUUCGGCUCAAUUUCCUGUUCCUGUUCCGGUUCAGUUUCCACUUCCUCUUUCACCUGACCAGCGCAUCUCUGUGGAGGAGAGUACCCAGACCUCGCCACAAGGGGACGGUCUUGGGGGCAUGCUGGGGGAAAAGGCCUCUGACAGGGACAGCCGACUGUUCAAGCGUUCUAUAUCCAUCACCAGCAAACCUCACCUCAAGCCUGCGCUCGGUAUGAACGGGGCAAAGGCGCGCAGUCAGAGCUUCAGCACAAACUACAUGGAAAAGCCCACCAUCAACACCACAUCAUCGGCUGUGGUGAAUAGCCCAGACGGGCCAGGUGGCAAAAUUCGCACCCAGAUCAUCACCAACACGGCAGAGGCGAAGAGAAACUCAUUGACAAGGCAGAGCUCAUUGGGUGAGGGCACCCAGUUCAAGCCUGGCACAGGGUUACCAGAGAGUGGAUCUUCCCCUUCGGUCUCUCUUCGGCCAUCUCAGGCUGAAGGCAUCACCGGCUCAAACAGCCACCACGGUCUGCCGGAUAAGACGUCAAAGCUGAAAGGCGAAGUUGUUGUCUCUCCCUCUCCUCAGAAGGAGGCCCGAAGCCUGCCACUCUCAGACCGACUGGGCUUGAAAAACUCCCGCCGGCCGGCAAAGGUGGCGUCCCACCCACAGUUCGAAUCCACCUCGUUCCCCACCACCACCACACCAGAGGGGGUGCUACUAUCUCCUGGCAAAAGCUCAGCUUCCAGCAAGCAGGAAGUCAAGUCUGGCCAGAAUCAGCCUGAGGAGGGAAGUGAGAAGCCAGCUGCUGUGUGCUCCAUUGAAGAGAAGGUGAUGAUGGGUAUCGAGGAGAACCUUCAGGCCAAGAUCCAAGGACUGGAGAGGUCCAACUCCUCAGAGGCCAAGCAAAAGACCGGCUCGUCACUGGCCAACUGGUUCGGCUUCCGGAAGAGCAAGCUUCCGGCCGUCAACGGCAAGAAAACGACGGACAGCCCCAAGGCGACGACAAAGGAGGACAAGAAGUCUGUGCUCGGAGGCCGGGGGCAGGCUAAAGCGGACAAGAAGAAGGAGAAGGAGCAGAAGAAGAAAAACGACAACACGCCAAUCAAGGACUGCAAGGAGGAGUUUGUCAUCACCACGGACAACAGCAAUAAGAUGAACGCCAUCAUGGACCACUGCAACAUCCAGAUGGGCCACCACAUCACGAGUCAGCUGCAGUCUUCGCCUGCCUAUAUUGGCAAGGACCAGUUUGUGAAGGAAUUGCUGGGCAGGACGGUGGUGAAGGGAGACGGCCAUGCAGCGUCCGUGGCGGCCAUCUCUCUGGCCAGGAGGGGCGGGGACAUGAAGGGCGAGGUGGAGAUACGCUCCGAUACGACCAUCCUGGUGACCCAGAAGUUGACUCUUCACGGUGGGGAGAGGGAGGAGGAUCACGCCUCCGAACCAGUCUGUCAGGACCACAUGAUCGGCUCGUCCUGUCAGAUGCGGACCCUGGACAGCGGAAUCGGAACCUUCCCACUCCCCCCCCAGGCCGGACGGAAUCCCGCCAAACCCGACCUCCCCCCCGACGACGCUGCUCCUGCGACCUCAGAGAACAGGGAGCGACUGGAGGAAGGGAAGAAGGAGGAGAAGAAAGAAAAAGAGAAAAAAGAGGAGAAGAAGAUGAAAGAGCCCUCUGGUCUACCUGUCGCGACCUUGACCUUGGGCUCGACCUUGAACUCACCUUGCGCCACCCCCAGCCUUGGCCCUUGCCCUGCCUCUUGCCCUGGCCCGGCCCUUGUCCCUGCCCCAGCCCAGUGCGCUGUCUGCUGUCCCGCAGUACCUUGCCCCUCUUGCCCUUCUUGCCCCGAUUGCCCCCCUAUCACCACCAAAGUGCCUUCGUCGCUCCCGGAGACGCCAUUGCCACGGCAACAGCAGCAUCAGCAGCAGCAUCAGCAGCAGCAUCAGCAGCAGGGGCCUAGAGUUGUGGCCAGCACUCCUGGAGAUCCAGCCAGGGAGACGAGAAGCCUACUGCGUCCACCCAGCUCCUCAGAAAUCAUCGCCAACCCCAAGCGGUUCAGUCAGUGUGAGUUCCCGACUAGACGCACGGAAAUCCCGGUGAGCAGUAAUAAGCCGACGGAGAAGACGAGGAGGAAUGCUAAGGACCAAAGCCAGCCGCAUGACAGAGUGCUGCAAGUGUGUGCAUACUCGGGCAGCAGUGACAGCGAGAGUGAAGUGCCAGCGGAGUGUGUGAGAGGGGCCGGCAGCAACCUCAGGUCUCCGCAGCAGAGGACACACACACAGCUCAACAAAACACACAGCAGCGGCAGUGGCCAAGUUGGCCGAGUGGAGGAGCUGAAGAGGAGGAGUUUCGGCGGUCUGCGCUCCACGCCGAUCGACUUCGCCCAUCACCCCCAGCACCAACUCCCGCAGCAGCAUCAGUACCAACUCCAGCACCAGCCUCAGCAUCAGCACCAGAGGCAGCAUGGCCGGAGUGGCAGUGUCGGGGGCAGCAUCGGUGGUGGCACCACGAGUGGCAUACCCGGAUGGAGUGGAGGGGGAGGGGGCCCCAGGGCAGAUGGCGUGGGGGGCCCCCACGGCGGCAGGCCCCGGUCCCAGUACCUUCCCCGCAACACUGAAUACUCGCUGGAUGGAGCGCUGAUGACGGCCCCCAGCAGCACCAGAGACAAUCACUGCAAAGGGAAGCUUGAUGAGAGGCUGCCGAUACCCUCCACAGGGAUCCCCCAGCAGUCUACCACCCGCAUCCCCCUGGACCCCCUCAGCUGCCGGGCUGCCAACGCCGCUGGUGGUGGGGUACCCACAACCUCCUCCUCCUCUGGAGCAGGUGGUUUCGGUUUCUCCUCUGGGGGUGCCGCUGCUACAGCUGGUGGUGGUGGUGGGGUGCCUCUGCGACUGAAGAGGCCUGUGGGGAGUAGCAGUAUCGGUGGAGGAGGAGGCGGGAAAAGACACAGCACUGGUGGUGGGAGUGUUGCUGGUAGUGCUGGUGGUGGUGGUGGUGGUGGUGGUGGUCCGGGUCGCUGACGGCAAAAUCAGUGAUUUGGGACAAAAUCAUCUGAAAAUCUGCCUCAGCACCUUCCUCCGUCACUGGAUGCAUAUAACAUAAUGUAAUGCCCACCACCAAUACCCACACACACCUUUCCUUGGCUUAGGUGACCCAAUCGUCCCCCUGGCGGCCCAACGGUGGUAGUCG